GCUUUGACCACCGACUCAUGUCUGUCAUCAGUCUACUAGAAGCAUACCUAACGUUCCCAACCAGAAAAGAAAAAGGAAAUCUCCGAGUGGGAAUACGAGAGGGACUCCAUUCGAGAGAAGGCUUUGCAUCGCUGGAAUCAGUUGAGAUCCGGGCAGGUGAGACGAGGCGAGGCGAGAAAGCAUCCAGGAAAAGAUGGCGGCCAUGCCGUCGCUGUACCGGCGGGUCCUCCCGUCCCCGCCGGCGGUGGAUUUCUCCUCGCCGGAGGGCAAGCGCCUCUUCGCGGAGGCCCUCGCGGCCGGCACCAUGGAGGGCUUCUUCUCCCUCGUCUCCUGCUUCCAGACGCAGUCCGAGCCCGCAUUCUGCGGCCUCGCCUCCCUCGCCGUCGUCCUCAACGCGCUCUCCAUCGACCCGGGUCGCCGCUGGAAGGGCCCCUGGCGGUGGUUCGACGAGUCCAUGCUCGACUGCUGCGAACCCCUCGACAAGGUCAAGGCCCAGGGCAUCUCCUUCGGCAAGGUCGCCUGCCUCGCGCACUGCUCCGGCGCCGAUGUUCAGUCCUUCCGCGCCAACCGGGCCACCAUCCACGACCUCCGCCGCCAUCUCAUCCGCUGCGCCUCCUCCCGGGACUGCCAUCUUAUCGCCUCCUACAACAGGAAGCCUUUCAAACAGACAGGGACCGGGCAUUUCUCUCCGAUUGGUGGCUACCAUGCCGGACAGGACAUGGCGCUUAUCUUGGAUGUCGCCCGAUUCAAAUACCCUCCUCAUUGGGUUCCAUUGCCACUUCUUUGGGAAGCCAUGAAUACGACUGAUGAAUCAACCGGACUUCUUAGGGGGUUCAUGCUUAUAUCAAGGCACACUGCAGCUCCUUCAUCUCUGUACACUGUGGUAAAAAUGCCAAAGCUUGGUCUGUUGAAUGUAAAUGGACACAUUGGAUGUAGUUUUCUUUUGCUCAUUUUCAGUAUUCUGCAGAGUUGCAGAGAUGAAAGCUGGAAAAGCAUGGCAAAGUAUUGCACCGAAGAUUUACCAAAUCUUUUGAAGGCUGAGAAUCUAGACAAUGUUCCAACACUUUUGUCCCGUUUAAUUGAUUCUCUUCCAGCUAACGCUGGAGCUUUGAUCAAAUGGGUUGUUGAAGUUAGGAGAAAAGAGGAAGGUGGGCCAAGCUUAAGCAAAGAGGAGAAAGAAAGGCUUUCUUUGAAGGAAAGUGUAUUACAGCAAGUCCGUGAUACCAAGCUAUUUAUGGUAGUUCAUGACCUGCAAUGUGCCAAUACCCAAUGUUGCAAGUGCUCAUCGUCAAGUGAAGAAGAUUCCAUUACUAGGAUUGCAGCCGCUGUGUGCUGUCAAGGAGCUGCAAUGCUAUCAGGAAACCUUGCAUCAAGUGAUGGUUUCUGCUGCAGAGAAACGUGCUUCAAAUGUGUUCAAGCGAAUGCUGAUGGGCAUAAGACUGUUAUCUCAGGCUCCGUGAUAUCUGAAGGCAACGAACAAGGUGUUGAUAUGCUUUUACCAAUGUCCCCUCACAGUACAAGUUCAUGCAAUUCAAACUUGAGCGAUGAAAUCAUGAAAUUUCCAUCAAGCGCAGAUGUUCUAAGUGUUCUACUGCUGGCUUUACAUCCCCGCACAUGGUUGGGCAUCAAAGAUGAGAGGUUGAAAGCCGAAUUUCAGACUCUUGUUUCAACGGACGAUCUACCUGAUGUUCUUAAACGGGAGAUAUUGCAUCUAAGGCGGCAACUCUGUUAUCUCAACUCUUGUAAAGAAGAGGGAUAUGAAGAUUAUGUGCCACCAUCACCUAGCAGUUUGUGCUAAAGUGGUACCCGGCUCACUUGGUUACGUUAGUUACUUGAAACUUAUGUCAAGAGAAAAAUUACGAGAGAGUGGUUCCCGGCAUUCACAUGAGCAGGAUUCUUUUAUUAGUGAUGACAUAAAAAAAAUGUCUUAUUGAUCAGUGUUUUGUUCAACAGUAGUGAUGUUGCUCAAUAAGAGAGGCUAUUGUUCUUUUCUUACUCCAAAUAGCGUAUUUUCACUAUGAACAUACUAUCUGUAAUGAUCAUUCAUAAAGAGAGAUGUUGUGACAAAUGUGAUCUAGUACAUGCUUAUCUUUACACGGGAGUGGAAUGUAGUAGCUUGUAGGAAUAUGAGUAACCUAUAACUGUAUAGCUUCAAGUUUCUGAAUAUCCACAGGUAUUUUACAUCCAACUGAUUGUAACUGAUUCAAUACUAAUAAUGCUGGUCUAGUGCAUGGUUCAGGUUUUAUGACAACUUUAUCCAUUUCAUAGA